AUGGUGCGCGACUUGCGCAUGUGCGGAGAGGCUUGCCGAGACGUGCAGAAGGUCCAGAGUACACGGGGUGCCUUGCAGGUCAGCCGCGACCUCGGCGUCCUUGGUACUUGGCCGAGGAGCCCGCAGGAGAGGCAGAUCAUGGAGAGGUCGAACGUGAUGUUCGGCGUUGCCGCAGGGGGGUCCCUCCUGACGGCCGCCGCCUCUUCCCUGCUCCUCCGCCUCGGGCGGCGCAGCGCCCUGGCCCUGGAGGUGCUCGCUGUGAUCCUCGUGUGCCUUGGGAUGCUGUUUCUGCCGAUGGCUCUGCCGUUCUACACCGGCCGGCUGCUGGGCCAUGACUCGAAGCUCUAUUUGGAGAACCGCCACAUCACAGACUCGGGGCUGCUGCUGUCGAUCGACGCGUUCGUGACGGCCAGCCACAUGUCGUUGGGCGUGCGGUUUUUCUGCAUGCUUCCGAUACAAGUCGGCGCUCUGCUUUGCUAUAUUGUGCCAUCGUACCUCCUCGGCAGCCCCGAGGGGGAAAACAUGAUUCCGUAUGGGGUGACCCUUUUGAGCCUCAUAACGAUGGCAGCGAUUGGCAAGUACAAUUUGGAGUACCAGGGAAUCUCUGUAGCAAUCAAGGUCCCCACCACUCGUGGACGCACUUUCUCGAACAAGUUGCAUGUGGCCGAGCUUUGCAACGAGCUGCGGAUUCUCCGGAAGCUUCGGCAUCCAAACAUAGUGUUCAUGUACGGGGCUUGCCUUGACGAGCAGGGUUGCAAUGUAGCCUUGAUCCUCGAGCUGGUCGAAGGCUGCUCUCUCGACAAGUUUGUUCUUUGGGGCCAGUUGCACCCAGAGAAGGGCGACCCUGCGCGAGAUGUGGCGGGCCCUCCCAGCGAAGUGGACCGGCUGCAAGUGCUGGUGGACGUGACGUGCGCGUUGCGGUAUUUGCACUCGCGCACGCCACACGUGGCGCACGGCGAUCUCAAUGACAGGAACGUGUUCGUGGAGCCCCGCGUGGGUGACCGCGUUGUUCCAAGGGCGAAGCUUCUUGAUUUUGGCUUGGCGAGGCUGCGGACAAGGCACGCCCCUCCGAUGGGAGGCACGCUGAGGUGGACGGCGCCCGAGGUGUUCGGACGGCAGUCGUCGGCCAAGAGCACCUCGGCAGACGUGUACUCAUUUGGCCGCCUGGCUUACUUCGUGGUGACAGGUCUCUACCCCUUCCACGGCCGGAGCAAGGCGGAGAUCUCCAGGAUGCUGGAAAGGUCGCACUUGCCUCCGAUGGAGUGGCCACCGAGUGGGCCCACGUCGAGCACGCACUGCGCGAUCUUAGAGAAGUGCUGCAGCGCCGAGCCCCGCCAGAGGCCGAGCAUGUCGCGCGUGCACCGCGACGUCGGCGCCUGGCACGCGGAGCUGCUGGGGCACCCGAGCCCCUGCGUCGAGGCCGAGCCCCUGAACACCACCCUGCUCUUCGGGGGCACCAGGCAGAACCGGCAGCUGGGGCUGCGCCGGCCGCGGUCUCCAGAGCUCCGCGACCAGGGGGGGGUGGCCACGGGGUCGUCGAACGCACAGCCCGUGUCCUCCGCGAGGAUCUCCUCGGCAUCGGCGGCCAAGUACCGCCUGACCCCAGACCGCACGGUCGUGGCAAUGGUGCUGGAGGUCCUCCUGAGCUGCAACGUCGAGAUCCCCGAAGGCAGUUGCUGUCCGUUCCACGGCUGCGUGGACAGAUUGCUGAAGGUGUGCGCCGACAUCGGCCGCAGGAAGUGCGUGCAGGACUGGCAGGGCGGCGGCAGGGUCUGCGGCCAGUGCUCCUCUUGCGGAAUCCUGUUCCCCGAGGACCCGGCCAGCUCCACGUCGUUGCAGCAGCCCUCGGCGGUGAGGCAGUGCACGUUCUGCAACUCCGUGCAGAACAAGCUGACAUGUUCGAGCCACUUGUCUUGCUCGACGUGUGGCGCCCUCAGUAUCGAAGAGUCGUUCUUCGUUCAUGCUGAGUGGCUCAAGGCGCCGCCCGAAAGAUCCCCGACAGAUCCCCGCCCCCCAUGUCUCCCACAUUCCACACCCCGAAUGUUGCUCCCUCUGAAGGCAACCCCUUAGCUCCAUGUUUGCUUCUGCUGGCGAGGCACGUAGCGCACACGCGCAGGAUGGUUCGCAUCUCAACGCUGGCUCCACCAGCUCCGAGGCUGCAGGGCGUAGCAUGCAUUUCUGGGCGCCAGAAAUCGUGGGCCCCCCAGAGAGAGUCGAGGAGCGUGGCCGCGCACACGCUGCUUCACCGCUGCGAGCUCCACCAAGCACGCGUGCGGAGGUCAUCAAUGCUGUGCCAGAUCAGGCCAAGCGCCCGAUUGCUGUUUCGUCGAGUGUUUUUUUGUUAAGUCAUGUGUCUGCUUUAGCGUCCAGCACGUGCUCCCUUCGAGUGCUGCGCCAAUUCAUCCAGCUGCAUAUGGCAAAUCCCGCCGCCAUGCCCGGCAGAGCAUGGGGGGAGGCUGCCAGACCCGCUCCAGCUCAGCCAAUUGCACGAACUGGCGCUGCUCUCAAACAGCCCCUCCUCGUACGCAGCCUCGUUAUCCUCCUUCUCCUUCUUCCCCUCCUCCUCCUCCUCCUCCUCCUCCUCCUCC